AUGACAACAAAGGAAGAUCUAGAAGCCAAUGAGACCCAGAUAUCCUCUAUCCAAGUGGGAACACAAGGAGAGAUGCCACAGAAUGGGACCAGCCUGGAACCUGCUCACGGCAGGGUCAAAGCAGUGGAGAAGGUCCGCAACUGGGGUUGGCUUCUAUCUGGAUUCAUCUCUUUGAAUAUUCUCAUACUGGGAAUUGCCUUAGUGAGCGGAAGUGUCUUCAGCAAUUUCCAGAUCUCGUCUUCACACUUGCAGAUCUUCCUCAUUUUACUUGUCAUGCUCACCACCAUAUGGAUGGUUUACUACAAAAUCCAUACUUCUAAAGCACGCAGUGCAAUUCUCUACAAAGAUAGCCAUGCUGGACCAAUUUGGCUGAGAAGUGGCCUGGUUCUGUUCGGCGUUUGCAGUGUUAUCAUGGAUAUUUUCAAGAUAAUUUACUAUGUGGGUUAUAUACAUUGCGAGUCACCAGUGAAGAUAGUUUUCCCUACUGUUCAAGUCGUGUUUAUCAUUGUCCAGACAUACAUCCUUUGGGUUCACGCCAAAGACUGUGUACAGCUACAGCAAAACAUCACACGAUGUGGACUAAUGUUGACCUUGUCAACGAACCUCAUAGUGUGGAUGACAGCCGUGACAGAAGAAUCGCUCCAUCAGACUGUGAUUCCAACCGACACUUCAUCUAACAGUUCCUCUAACACACCUCACAGCUUCAAUGUCACAUUACAAGUCGGAAGUGAGGACACUGCGUGUCAGUGCAUCCAUGAUUCUUGUGGAAUCUUUGAGAAGGCCUAUUACUACCUUUACCCCUUUAACAUUGAGUACAGCCUCUUUGCUUCAGCCAUGGCCUAUGUCAUGUGGAAGAAUGUUGGGCGCCAAAUGGAUGAGCACCAUAGCCAUAACAUCCGCUUCAGCAUGUGGGACAUUCUGGUUGGUCCGGUGGCUGGCAUGAUCAUUCUGGUGACGGGUCUGGCUACGUUUGUGGUGUAUGAAGUGGACAUAGCCAAGGAGGACCCAAACAAAAGGCAGGAAGCUCUAACAAUGCAUUACAUCAUGAACAUAGUGGCCAUUCUUCUGAUGUCCAUAGCAACUCUAGUAGGUUGUAUCCUCUUCCAUUUGGAUAAGAGGGAACAAGUGUCGGGGAAGAACCCUACGCGAAGUCUGGAUGUGGGGCUGCUUUUGGGAGCAUCUCUGGGCCAGUUCCUUAUCUGCUACUUUACUAUAGUUGCUGUGCUGGCAUCAGGGGUAAAAGGAUAUGUGAAUGGCCUCAACCUGACCUGUUCUAUUCUGACUGUGGUCCAGUUGUGUCUACAGAAUGCCUUCCUCAUCAAGGGUCUCCACCAGGAGCCUUUCAAGGAGACAAAUGCAGCCACUGUCUUUGCCAAUGUCAUGGCCGUGCAGAGAGACCCAGAAAGACGGAGCAGCUCUAUUGUUCCAGCUCACACGUUGUCCAUCCCUUUGACAUUGCUUCAGGGUCGUCUGUCCUGGAAAAGGAGGCUCUUGAAGGAGAUUUGUGCCUUCCUGUUACUCUGCAAUAUUAUUCUUUGGAUCAUGCCUGCCUUCGGAGCCCGGCCACAGUUUGACAACCGUAUUGGAUCCGAUGUCUAUGAAUUACAAAUAUGGGUAGCCAUUGUGAAUAUUGGAAUGCCGUUUGGGAUCUUCUACCGUAUGCACUCAGUGGCCAGUCUUUUUGAGGUGUGCCUUACCUCAUGAACAUACUGACCACUUAAGAACUGUUUA